CUUAUUAUAAACCAGUGCUUCACCACGAUCCCAUCUGGUGGUAAGUGGUGAUGUAGCCCUAGAUGGUAAAUCGCACUGUCUUAGCGUAACAAAAGCCUUUUCACUCUUGCCUUGAAGGCACCUAGAUUGUAUUCGGACGGAAAGAUAAACGCUGGCAAAUUAUUCCACUGCUUUGCAUUACAAAAGACGAAGCAAAUAAUAAUGCGUAGAAUAUCGGCAACUAAGGGGUGAAGACCCGCCGACCGCCUGGUUGUCCAAUGACGGAAAGGGGAGGAAGGAAUUAAAGCGUGUAAUUCCUGCGCACACUCACCGAAAUGCAUCCUAUAAAAUACCGGCUAUCUUGUCCAUGUUUAUAGAAGAAUAUUUAAUUUAUAAAAUGGCAGCACUUAAAAAUUAAAAAAACAAGCGUGCACGUUUUCAUUCACUUCAAAUUUCAACGAUUUGUGACGAUUUGUUGAUUGAUGUUGUUUUUGUUUUUCCUUUAAUUUGUUACUUUAUUACACUUCUAUUAUUGCGUUGAGUUGAGUGAAUUUCGCUCCUCCGCAUUAGUGUCGGUCGAACCAGAGCAGUGUUGUUGGUGACAAGUUGAUAAACUCAAGUGAGAUACGGACUCUUUUCAUAGUUUGUGUAAAAUUGUGAACUUAAUUAGAUAUCCACCUUCUUACCUAUUUCACUAUGGCACCCAACAUUUAUAGGAAAUGUGCAAAAUGUGGGCGAUCUUCCAAACAAGUGCCAGGCAUUAAACUGUCUCGGUUUCCUAAACCUGGGCCUAAAAAUGCUAUUCGGUAAGUUUGUUUGUACUUUUCAUAUACAUAUUAGGUAUCAAGUUACUUUAACUUCUACAUUAAUAGUGUUUUUGUUGUACAACUACUGCGGCCCCCACAUUACACAUAGAAUCCUGCUAUUUGUUUUUAUAUACAUACAUUACAUUUUAAUAAAUAUAUUGCGAUGCCAGUUUUCUUUAAAAUUUUCUCUAAGGGACUCUUUACAAUUUAAGUUAUAAAUCGCCCAUACGGCUCUCUUUUGCAAAACAAAUAUGGCAUCAAUGUCAGUUGCAUUAACCCAUAUCAAUAUUCAAUACUUUUUCAUUUCAAUUCAAUAAUUUUUUUGUGUUUGAAUGGGUCUCUAGAUGGUUUAGGGUUCACAUUUGAACCCGGUAGGUGGUGCUUUUGUCGAUAUCUAGAAAUCGCCCUUGUGAAGCAGAGGCAGAUUGCUAAUAUUUUAUAUUUUUCAAUGUAGGCAUUCUUUUUUAUUUAUGUAAUUCAAAUUCAAUAAAAAUGUUAGGUAUUGUUGUAGCACUCUUACUUUUGUCCCUAACUUUGUCUAAAUAAUAAUUGAUAAUGUUAUUUUUCAGGAUCAAACUCUAGCAUUGCAAGAAUAUCUGGGAUCAAGUUCAUCUCUAGAUCUCAAGUCUCAACCAGGUCCUUCCCUUGUUGAGAAUACUACGACUACUGAAAUGCAAUAUCACAAAGAUCAAACUCUAGCAUUGCAAGAAUAUCUGGGAUCAAGUUCAUCUCUAGAUCUCAAGUCUCAACCAGGUCCUUCCCUUGUUGAGAAUAUUACGACUACUGAAAUGCAAUAUCACAAAAAUCAAGCUGCAGCUCAAGAUCUCGAGUGUCAACCAGGUCCAUCUUUUUGCAAUGUUCUUAAGAACAUUACAAAUUCUUAUACACAGCACCACAAAAUGAUUGUCUGUAAAGAAAUACAGAAACAAACUUUUAAAAAAACUGACAGAGAAAAUUAUUUAUACAACAAAUGUAGAAGACAAGUGAAAAAAAUUUGUCAACUAAAAAGCACAAUUCAGAAGAUGAGAAAAGGAGAUGCCCUCAACAUUUUAGAAAAAAAUGAGUCUGUAGCAAAACUAAUGCAGAGGCUGACGCCGUCUUUUGCGCUGAUGCUACAGGCUCAAUUGAAAAAUGAUAAAAAGAAAUUUAAAGGCAGAAGGUGGACAUUCGACGAAAAAGUAAUCGCAUUGAGGUUAUUUAAAAGGUCCCCAACGUGCUACCGAUUAUUAAGAAGGAUGUGGUGCCUUCCAUCACCUAGCACAUUAAAUAAUUUAUUGAGGUUAUUUCUAACCUUAUUAUUAUUAUUAUUAUUAUUAUUGAGGUCUAACCAGUGUUGAAACAGCUAGACUAGUUUACUUUAGCUAUUUCCAUAGCAUAAUGUCGUAUGGUAUUUUGCUGUGGGGACACGCAGCUGACACUGAAAUUAUAUUUGUUUUACAGAAGAUGGCUAUAAGAGCAAUUUAUAAUUUAAAGCCUAAAGAGUCGCUGCGACAAAUAUUUAAGAAAAUUAAUAUAUUAAUUUUGGCCUUUCAAUACAUUUAUGAAAAUGUAAUGUACGUACACAAAAAUAAAAGUAGUUUUACAAACAUAAGUGAUAUUCAUUCUGUAAAUACUAGGAACAGACACAAGCUAAUAGUACCAGUUACUCUACUCCACCGAGUCAGUAAUUCAUUCUUGGGGCGAAUUAUACGCCUUUACAAAAAAAUUCCAGAAAAUAUACAAAAUUUGACUUGCUCAAAGUUCAAAAACUUUAUUAAACUAAGUUUGUAUAAAAAGGGUUAUUAUAAAGUUAAGGAAUUUAUGGAUGAUAAUAACCCCUGGGAAUGAGGUGAUCGCUACCAAGCUAUUUCUAAUUUGUUGUGUUGUUAAUUGUGUAACAUACAUGAUUGUAAGCUAUUUAAAAAAACCCGCUGGGUUUCUUGCUGGUUCUUCCCAGGACAGAGGUUUUUUUUCGAACCAGUGGUAAUUAAACAAAAGAGUGAUUUUCAAUAAGUAUUAUAUAUAAUCUAUAUUGAAUAAACAAGUUUAUGUUUCUGUUUCAAAUUGUCGACAUUUUUAUAUUUAAAUUGAGUAUAUAUUAUUAUAGUUAUUUUCUAUGUGAAAAUUGCAAGAAGUUUGCAUAAUUUAAACAUUGUUUUGUAAACUGUAAUUCCAAUAUGCCAACUUAUUUAAAUUUAAUACAUUUUUGUAUAGUUUAGUUAUAUUUUUUUUUCGGUAUCUUUUUUUAUAGAGAAAUUAAUUUGUAAACAUAAAUUAAGAUUUACUAUACUUGCAAUCCAAACUUAUUAGUUUGGAUUCGUGAUGUCCCAGGCACUACAGCGUCUAGAAUAGCUGUUGUAAAAUUAUUGACGCUGUAUAAAUCAUCUUUAGAUGUAAAGGCCAAUUUUUCUAUUAAAACAAAAUUCAAAUUGUCGACAUAUUUUAUAUUUUAUUUAAAUUGAUUACAUAUUAUUGUAGUUAUUUUCUGUGUGAAUAUUGUAAGAAUUUUGCAUAAUUUAAACAUGUUUCAUUAAAUAUUAAGUUACGCUACACCUGUAAUUCCAAUAUACUAACUUAAAUGAAUUUAAAACAAUUUAAUAGGCUAAUUAUAUUUGUUUUUUUUUUCUAUAUCUUUUGUUAUGAAUAAAUGAAUUUGUAAGCAU